AUGACACUGGAAUUUAUUGCAGCUGGUAAAAGUUGCACUUCUCGAGGAUUUCUGGCACCAGCAUCGCAACAGAUCAACAGCCACAACAACAGUGAUGCGUUCACUACCUGUAAAAAGCACAUCCUCAGCCAGAUAACCCGUCUGCAGCAGCUGUUCUACAACCACCACACCUUUGUGGAGACGGUCGGCAGACGACAAGCUACCAUGCAACGCUUGCGGGCUCUAGCAUUUGAAGCCACAUUCGGUCGCAAGGACGCUCGCGGGGAAGAAGAUGGGUUGCAGCAGCAACCGAUUUGUUCUAAUUGUGCCACAUCCACUACCCCCUUUGGCGUCAAGACGAUACUUGAACUGCAUAACCAACGACGACCAUUAUCGUUCAAGUCCGAUACCAUUAAAAAGCGACAGCGUGUUGAAAAAACACAGAAACGAUCACACCGCCAUCGUCAGCAGCAGCAGCAGCAGCCCGACGGCCGGCUGAAAGAAUAA